AUGAGCAGACUGGUGCAAGCUUUUCCGAGCUUAUUCAUUCAGUCCGUGCUCUACAGGCACAAUCAGCGGUGUUGCAGUGAAUCCAGGUGGAGACGCCUCAUCAUCAUCAUCAUCGGUGUGGAGAUUGUGAUCCUGCUGAACAGAGCAGACAAGAUUGAGCUGGAGGUGUCGCGCUCAAUGGACGUCAGUGGAGUGGGCUACGACAUGUUUCUAGAAGCUGUCCUCGGGAAUUUUGUCCGCCACUCACAGAUAGGAAAGCGCUCAGACCACAGGGCAACAUUAUGA